UCCGAUUCCUGUGCACCGCUUGUGGCCGAAAGCAGGCUCUUGGUGGUCGCUGGGACAGAUCAGCUUCCAAACUUUCGGAAGUGCUACUUGUUGCUUCUGGGAGCUGCAGCUUGCUUAUUUCUGUGACCUUUUCUUACCGUGUUUGUUCUGAAAGCUGCUGAAGCCCCGCCGGAUUCCAGAGCCAUGGAGGUAGCGCUGGUUAAGGACCUGCAACAGGACGCCAGCCUCGAAAAGAAGCGGUACAUGGAGCUGUGCAGGCAGGGACGGGUCUUCAACGCCAGGAACAGGAUUAUUGGGGGAGACACACAAGCCUGGGAAGUCCAAGUUCACAACCAGAAGAUAAAAGAAGCAACUGAAAAAGCUAGACAUGAAACUUUUGCUGCUGACAUGAAGCACAAUGACAAAGUCAUGUGCAUACUCCAUGACCGCGAACGGAGGGACAGGAAACAACUCUGUCGCGCUAUCAAUGACUUCCAGCAGAGCUUUCAGAAGCCAGAAACUCGCCGUGAGUUUGAUCUCUCGGACCCCCUGGCCCUCAAGAAAGAUCUCCCAGCCCGGGUGUCAGACAACGACAUGAGGAACACCAUAUCAGGAAUGCAGAAGUUCAUGGGAGAGGAUUUAAACUUCCACGAGAGGAAGAGAUUCCAGCAGGAGCAGAACAGAGAAUGGUCCCUGCAACAGCACAGAGAGUGGGAGAGAGCGCGGGCUGACCACAAGCUUGCAGAGGACUUCCACACGCAGACAAGACUAAAGUUCGAUGAAACAGCCAGAGACUUGCAGAAGCUAGAAGGCUUGACCAGGAAGGAAGUCUGUGCAGCCACGAAAGAGUUCAACAAGAACCAGGUUUUGGAGCUGGCAGAACGGAAGAGGCAAGAGAAGCAGAAAGAGCUAGAGGACAAUAUGACUGAGAUCACCAACCUGCUGCACGGGGACCUGCUCUCUGAGAACCCGCAGCAGGCAGCCAGUUCCUUCGGGCCUCACCGUGUAGUCCCUGACCGCUGGAAGGGCAUGAGCAAGGAGCAGCUGGAGGAGAUUCGCUUCACUCAGAAGCAACAGAUCCAGGAGAAGCUGAGGCUUCAGGAGGAAGAAUGUCAGCACAACAUGGACUGGGACCGACGCAGGAUCCAGAAGGCUCGCGCCAGCCUACUCCAUGAGCGUCAGCAGCAGCGCUUGCAGCGGGAACUGCGCAGGGCCCUGGACUGCAGCAACCUCAGCCUGGCCAAGGAGCAGCAUUUACGGAAAAAACAAAUGGAUGAAGCCUCCACAAGUCAACCCACAGAAGAUUAUUUCUCACAGUUUAAUACAAGAAGCCGCUAAUAGGAAAGACUCCCCUUUUCUUGUUUAUAGUAGAGUGGUCCCCUCGGAGUUACACUUAUUUCAAAGUGAGCCUGCUCCUUGGUCUGAAUUUUCUCAUCACACUUCAUCUCCUGGGGAGUGUGCACUCUGGAAGCUCUGCUCUGUGAAGGCCUCUAGUGCAGCUCUGGGUGCUGUGGCCUUAGGGCUCAGCAGAGAGGACACGAGGGCUGGUGUGCGGCUCCAGCUCCGGGCUAGCUGCUACAGUCACUUGCUAGCUCAGUAAGCAUCAUAGGUGUUCUGUGUGCUUCAUGAGGUACCCUUUGUUCCACUCUCACCCCAGAGGCCGCCGGCAUCUCUGCCGUUGUCUAGUGUGCAAAUCUGAGUUAAAGGCACACAUCUGAUUUAUUGUGUGAUCCUCCCCCCACACACACCAGGAAAUGUCAGCACCCAGCAAGUCUGGCUUUCAGCCUCUUCAUCUCCUGGCUCCUGUAACAAAGCCCCGGGCAACAGUGGUUUCUGUAAAGCAUCAUUUUUUAUUUCUUGUUGUAAUGAAAGCAAGCUGACCUAGAAGCCCUGCUGGCUGGGGAAGGCCCAGUGCCCUCUGCUUCUUGCUCAGCCUCCCUUGCCACUGUGCAGCUCCCAUCCUAGGGUCUAGGUCUCUGCUCCAGUUUGCAGUCCUGUCACCAGAACCUAGCGUUCAGGGAUAUGAUCCCAAAAGUAUCUGUUUCGUCUCUGCUCACAUCCCCACUCUGACAAGCUCUGACUACAAGAGUGCUCCUUUUUGUUGUGGCUGUCCUCAGGUUGGUAAGACUCGAAGAGGAUGUCCAGACCAAGGAGACCUCUGCAGUCACCCAUCACAAAUGCGUUCUCGAGGAAAUAUGCCCCCACUGACACCGCCAACAGCUGGCUGGGCUUUUAGGAAGGUCAGACCAAGUUGAAGUCACCAGUACAGCAGGGCAGUGUGCUGUCAGUGGCCAUCACUGUUGGGCACAGAUAAGAACAGGUACCCUUGAAGGCCUGUCCUUUACAAACGCCCAUCUGGGCCAAGAGUCCAGUGGUAAUGACACAAUGGCCCAGGUGUUUGUUUAGGCAAUGACAGGAUCCACCCAUACUUUCCACAGGCUUCACUUUGCCUGGGUCUUUUCACAUAGCCAGUGCCUCUGUCAUAAAACUGGGACCCGCUGUUCUACCUCAUGUUUUCCGCAGGGACUCACACACACCCUGUGAAUGCUCCAGCCACAGUGAACUAGGCCUUUCUUCUCUGGAGCAAUGUGGAGUCCUAUGGUAGUGACCACCAUUUUGCCAGAGGCCCAUAGAAACCAAAGCACCCAUCAGAGAAGUAACUGGGGCCCAGCCCCUUCAGAAGCUCCUCUAUGGACUACUCUGUGCCCCUUUGUAUGCUUGGAUGGCCCCACUACCAAGCCCAGGGAAUCUACCUCUGGAACUCAGCCCUCGUUUCCUGAGCAGGAGUGUCUGGCUUCAAGAGUGCAUUAUGGGACAAGAACAUGCCAGGAAGAAAGGGUAGGUGUGGAUGCUUUGGGCUGGGAGCCUUAAGAGCACCAUGGCAGACUGGACAGCUUAAACAAUGGACAUUUCUAGUUUCUUACAGUUCUGAGGUUAGAAGCGUGUGGUGGUUAGACCACCGGCGAUGCACGCCUUUAACUCCAGCACUCAGGAGGCAGAGGCAGGAGGAUCUCCGAGUUUGAGGCCAGCCUGGUCUACAGAGUGAGUUCCAGGACAGCCAGGGCUACACAGAGGAAACCCUGUCUUGAAAGAAAGUUUGUGAUGGAGAUGCUAGAAAGAUAAGGACAACAAUCGUAAGGGGUAUGAUGACUUCAUGUUCACAACUGCAUUGAUUUCCAAGUAAGGUUACAGUCUGAGCUACUAGAGGGUAGGAUCACAAGUCAUCUCAUCACAGAAUAAAAUGCUGAGUGCCCCUGGGUAUAUCAAUAAUUCUAUGGGGAACAUUGAUGAAGGGACCAGGAUUUGGCACAAGGCAUCGCAAGACCAAAUUCUCAGCACAAAGAUUGGUUUGUCUCAGAGGGACAAAGGGCAGGGAAUAAGAGAUGAAGACAGGAGAUAGAGGAAGAGGGAGGUGGGGAAAAGAACAAUGGAGGAGGGAAGGAAUAUUUAUCCUGGAGGGACAAAGGACUGCAUCUGAAUAGAGAGGAGACAUGUGGCCCAUAGGCAAAUGGCAGUCUAUAAGGGAAAAGGGAAAACCUCAAGUUAGGAUGAGGUGUUUAAUUUUAACUGGGCAUGUUAAUUAGGGCAACCAAAAGAGGCUUUUGAUUGCUGGAGUUCAAUACUUUGAUAGCUGGACCUUGGUAGUCAGCCUCAGGAGGAAGAAGUGGCCAAAUAAGGGAAUAGACCUUGGUGGCUAGCUUUAAGAACAUAAUAUAGUGGUUUUUUAGAAAGGCAAGGGAACUUGGGCCAUGUUUGCCAUUCUUGGGCCAACUAGAGUUCCUUCAUAGGGUACCCAGACUAAACAAGUCAGCUUGUGGCAGCAUUCUCUUGGUAGACAAUGGACAGUCAACUGAGGUGGUGGAUCCUCCUGCUUUUGAGGAGUGUGGUAGUUUGAGUAAAAAUGGCCCUCAUGGGCCCAUAGUGAAUGGCACUGUCAGGAGGUUGGCCUUGUUAGAGUAGGUGUGUCCCUGUUGGAGGAAGUGUGUCACUGUGGGUGGGCUUUGGGGUUUCAAAAGCUCAAGCCAGGUCCAGUAGCUCUCUCUCUUCCUGCUGCCUGCCAAUCCAGAUGUAGAACUCGCAGCUCCUCCAGUACCAUCUGUG